AUGACGCGCCAUUCCUCACAGCCCGGGACUUCCGGUUCGGCUGAGACCGUGGCUCCGGGCCAAAAAGUAGUCCUCAUAUGCUGCGGCGCAUACGAUCCACCCAGCUAUGCACAUUUUAGAAUGUUUGAACGUGCAAAAGACUACAUGGAGAAGACGCAUGGUUUCAAAGUAGUUGAAGGGGUUAUAAGCCCUUGCGGUGACCAGGCCAAAACAACCGAGUUGACACCUUUGAGGCAUCGCCUGAGGAUGGUGGAAGCCGCGAUAAGGAAAAGCACCUGGAUACGGCUCUCCGAUUGGGAGGCCACCCAGAAAUCCCAGCCCAGUUGCAUCGAUUUGCUCAAGCAUUUCCGGAAGAAAUACUCCUCAAAGUUUGGCGAAUCCAUAGAACCGAUUUUAUUGUGUGGCGGUGACGUUAUCGACGCGCUAAUAGAGUCCAAACGGAGUUCCGAAGUGUUGUGGAAUCAAAAAGAAAUGGACCAAAUACUUGGGGAAUUCGGGGUUGUGGUUAUUGCUAGGCCACACACGAAUCCUGCGAGAACUGCUUAUUUGCUAGAUGCUAUUAGAAAACAUGAGAAAAACUUUCACUUGAUCGAAGAUGAAACCUAUCCAAACGACGCGAGCUCGACGCGAUUACGCCUGGCUCUUCGACGCGGCGAAUCGAUAAAAUAUUGCACGAGCGACGACGUGGUAGAAUAUAUCGUAGAGCAUAAUUUGUAUACGCAGCCUUUCAAUCACAAGCCAGGAUGCGCCUUUUACCAAGUACAACAAGCUUCUUCGCAGCAGAUCGUCGUUAAUCGGGUACAUGGCGGCUCGACGACGAUGUUAACAGAAGUCCAAGUCAAUUCCACAUCUGAUAGCAAUUUAAGCGACUCGGAGCGGGACAGCCGGAAGUUUUCUCCGGGGUCUGAUGCUCAUAGGAGUGAUACGAUGCGUCCAAGCCCAAUGGAAGGAAGUAAAGAACAUCUACCACAAUGCCCAUUGAGCCGCAAGUCACCUCAAAUUCCGAAAAAAGACUACCCAGCACCCAUCAAAGUAGAGCAUCACCCCUUUUGCCCGGGUUCAAAGGCGAAUGGAGAUACGAAGAAGCCACCACCGCCCACACCACCCGUCCGAAGAAGCUCAGCGACAAGGAAGCCAAAAGUUGUUGACGUUGAUCCUCCUGAAGACAUUUGGGAACCAUCGACUUCUGAAGACAAUACUCGAGCCGAAAUGAUAGAUCUUUCCGAACCGCUCCCAUCACCACCAGUUCUCAAAACCUUCAAAAAGCCGGAAAACAUCAAGACAGACCUCACGAUCCCUGAUCCCCCAAAAAUCCCGAGGGUGCAUCUGCCCUCGCAUGUGACGGAUUGGAGAUUCGGGUAUGAGAGUCCGAAUUAUGAUAACGUGACGUUGGAUGAGCUUCUGGAAGCGAGUACGAGUUGGGCCGAAUAUAUGUCACAGGAGUGUAAGAGGUUGAAUGCAAUCCGGGAUACCUCUGUCCCGUCGACUUGCCAGAGUGAACCUGUCGAAAAGACGAUGGAACCUGUGCGGCUCAGGCGGCCAACACAAAGUGAAGAAACCUAUACAAAACCGCCUCCACCAUUGAAGGAUCCGGACAAGAAAAAAAAGUGGCCAUUCAAUCGGAAUGGAAAGGGAAAGGAAGAAGGUGGCGGUCCCGGAAAAAGCUCUGGGUAUGCUAAUGGGAGGGCCAGUGUUCCAAACUUGAUAAAGGCUUCUCACAAUUUUCGUACGCAUUCGGUGGAUCACAAGAAGACGAUAAGAUUUGCGAAUGCUAUGACAAAAAGUGCCGAAGACCUCAGCGCCGACAUCCCUCUCCCUGCCCAAAUGAGCAAGAGCUGCUACGAGAAACGAAAGCUAAAUGCUGGGGAUCAAAUGAGCAAAAGCUAUCAUGGUAGAGAAGCCAUCCAGCCAAGGAAGAACGGCAAGAAUGAUGAUGACAGCGAGGAGGGCAGGGUUACACUCUCAUUUAGACGAUAUCGCUUAGCGGCCACGCCUGAAACUACUGUA